AUGCAGAGCGUCACGCCAUCGUACACCAUUCGACGAGCCACAUUAGCCGACCACGAUGCUUUUCUCGAAAUCAUGGUUGAGGCGUAUACAAAGUCUGAACCCAUGGCAAGAGCCCUGAAUGUGUCUGUUGACGAUGCCGAAGAGUUUUGCAGAAGCUUUUUGCCACAUUACCUUCCACAAGGCUAUUCGUUGGCUAUGGAAAGCGGAGGGCAAAUGGUUGGCGCAUAUCUGAUGCAGCUCGUGAAAAGACCAAAUCCCAUUUACGAAUCUGGCCCUGAUCCAGACCUGCCACCGAAGAUUUUCCUCAUAGAAAGCAUCGCACACAAGCUAACCGAGAAUUUUUGGGACCUGAUGCCUCCGCAUUUCACGAGUUGUAUACACGCUUUGUAUACCGUUGUAACUCCAUCAUGGCAGCAUCGGGGAGCUGGGACAGCGUUGACAGCAGCAGCGAUUCGACUGGCGAAAGAGAGCGGAGUUGAUCUUGCUUUCGCAGAAGUCCUCAGUGACGACGUCUCCAGGCUGAACACUCCUUUCGGCUUCUUCGAGCUCCGAUCAAUACCUCAUUCACACUGGAAAGAUCGCCAUGGUCGACCUCUGAUUCAAAUAAAAGGAGCAAAUCGAUCAAUAUUGAGCGUUAUGUUCCUUAGACCAACUCUGAUCGAGUCCAAGUUAUAA